AUGGCUUCGCCCAGCAGCCAGGCCACAACCACACCCCAGAAACAACAGGAUCCCUCUCUUGUCGAUCUCACGGCAAGCGUCGGCAAUGAGGAGCGGCCCAUCCCCGCCGACGACUCUCAGGCGUGGGAGCGUAUCGACCAGGAGAAAGCCCGCCGGGUGGCUGUUGCAGACUUGAAUCGCAAGAACAAACAGACUUACCGAGGUCUCUCCCUCCUAUGGCUGGUGUUCCAGAGCGUCGGUGUCGUCUAUGGCGACAUUGGCACAAGUCCGCUCUACGUUUACAGCUCAACAUUCUCAGCGCACCCAAGCAGAGAGGAUGUUAUCGGCGCGCUCUCUAUUAUUAUUUGGUCUCUCACCCUCAUAGUCAGUAUCAAAUACUGCCUCAUCGUCUUAUUCGCCGACGAUGAUGGCCACGGCGGCACCUUUGCCAUGUACUCGCUCCUGGCACGUCAUGCCAACAUCUUGCGCCGAGAUCCUAAUUCAUCAACCUUGCUUCGCCUGGAGAGGCACCACACCCGGGAGAUGCCCAGUGUGGGGAGGACCGCCCGGAAUUUCCUUGAGCGGUCCAACAUUGCCAAAAUCGCGCUCAAGAUCAUCGCCAUUGUCGGCGUGUCCAUGGUUAUAGCUGACGGUAUCCUCAUGCCUGCUCAAUCUGUCUUGGGCGCCAUUCAGGGAGUGCGGGUUGUACGGCCCGACUUUACGACGAGUUCCAUCGUGGGAAUUUCGUGUGCCAUCAUCGUCCUCCUUUUCCUCAUCCAAUGGUUCGGAACAGCCAAACUGGGGUCCUGCUUCGCUCCCGUCGUCAUCGUCUGGCUGCUAUUCAAUCUCUCUACCGGCAUCUACAAUCUGGUCCAGUACGAUCAUGGCGUUGCCAAGGCCUUUAGCCCACAUUUUGCAUUUACAUAUCUGGCUCGCAAUGGGGAGGAGGGGUGGAAGUCAUUGGGAGGCACCCUGCUCGCAUUCACCGGUUCAGAGGCUUUGUUUGCGGAUAUUGGUGCUUUUGGCAGGACAGCAACCCAGAUCUCGUGGUUUGGCCUGGCAUACCCGUGCUUGCUGAUAACCUACCUCGGCCAGGCUGCUGUCCUUGCCGCUGACGAUGAGAAUGGCAUAGCAUACACGAACCCCUUUUUCUACUCGGUGCCCCCGGGGACCUUUUACUUCAGCUUGGUCAUUGCAAUCUUGACCGCCAUAGUUGCAAGCCAGGCCUUGAUCACGAGUUCCUUCCAGCUGAUAUCCCAACUCAUGAGGCUCAGCUACUUCCCCCACAUCAAGAUGGUCCAUACCAGCCACAAAUUCCACUACCAGAUCUACAUCCCCUUUGCGAAUUUCCUCCUGCUGAUCGGCACUAUCAUUGUCACUGCGGUUUACAAUAACACUACGAGCCUGGGUCAUGCGUACGGCGUUUGUGUCAUCAUCGUCUCUUUCAUCACCACAUGCAUGGCUGCUUUGGUCGCAUUGAUCAUCUGGCGCAUUCCAUCCUACGUCGUGAUUCCCGUCUUCCUCAUCUUCAUCGCCCUGGACGGCGCGUACUUGACAGCAGCCUUGCAGAAGGUGGCCGCAGGAGGAUGGUUUACCCUCGUCCUGGCGUUCCUUCUCUCGCUUAUAUUCGCUCUGUGGAGAUGGGGCAAGGAGAAACAAUGGGCGGCCGAAGCGAUGGACCGAAUCAUCCCAGCAGAAAUCCUCGAUCUAUCAGCGCAUGGGACAGCCCGCCAGAGCCAGUCGUCGUCGUUACAUGGCAAGAUCAAAUUCUCAACAUCGUUUGGCGGCGGUGAGCUGUUCCAGACUCCCGGGAUUGCCAUCUUCUUCGACAAAGUCGGCACAGUUGGCGACAAGGUUCCCCGGGUCUUUACGCAAUACCUGAGGAGAUUCAAGUCUCGACCCCAAGUUGUUGUCCUGUUCCACCUGCGGCCCCUGACGCAGCCCGUGGUUCCGGACGAAGAGAAAUUCAUCAUCACCCGAUUCAAUUCGCAAAUGUCGUCGUGCUACCGCGUAACCUUGCGGCACGGUUAUGCCGAGGAUAUGUUGACCUCGGAUCUGAAACCUAGAAUCGUGAUGGAGCUGAUACUGUUCCUCACGAGGGGCGCGCCCGACGCUUCGCCGGCAGACGUGGCUCCGAGCGUGCAGAAGGAGCUGCAGACAUUGAACCAGGCGCAGGGCGCACAGGUGUUGUAUGUCAUGGGCAAGGAGAUGAUGCAGAUUAGAAAAAGCAGCAAGAAGAAUCCUUUUAGAUGGGCUGCGCUGGAGACGUUUCUUUGGAUUCGGGAGAAUUCGAGGCGGAAACUCUCUGAUAUGAACAUCGACCACGACAGUCUGAUCGAGGUAGGGUUUGUGAAGGAUAUAUAG